CCGCCGCUCCCCACCCCCCGCACACCCUGCAGUCUGAUAACGGGAUCCCACCCCACCACCGGGUCAGUGACCGGUCCCGGACGUUCUCCGGGGCUCACCCUGGAACCCCGUGCUCCCACUCGGCGCUCAGACCCCCACACCUCGGGCCAAGCAGGGCUCACCCUGACCUGGACUUGCUGGCCAGACCCAGGGGGCAGAGAAAGCGCAGCCUCCCCGUUCUGUCGCCAGGGCCCAGGGCGCUCGUGCGGCCGGCGGGGCGGGAGAGCGAGGGAUGCCCAGGCUUCCGGCUCUCCUCGCCGCCGCGCGCGGAUCCCUGCUCACUGCUACCCGCGGCGCGCCCAGGGAGAAGGAGACGUGAGCAACCUUUCGCGGGUUUUUGGUGCCCCGGCGGGAGCAGCAUUCACGCAGCUGGGACCCCCGGGGCCCCCCCGGAGGGGCCUCGAGCCCCGCCCCCGCCGGCCCGCAGUGUCACGUGGCCCACAGCGCCCCCGCGGGCCGGUCACGUGACGGCGGCGCACCGUUGCCCGGGCAGCGGCUGCGGCGGGCCGGCGGGGGGCGGGGCAGCUGGCGGGGGCGGGGCCGGGGGACCCCGAGGGACGGGCGGAAGGAGGGUGGGGGCCGCGCUCGGCGCCCCGGCCGGGCCACAGGGCCACUGGGCCACACGGCCACACGGCCACGCCAGCGCCGCCUGCCGCGAGCCCGAGCCGGAGCCGGGCCGGGCGGGCAGAGCAGCUCGGCCCCGGGAACCCUCUGGGAUGCCUGAGUGUGUCUCUGCCGCCCACAGGCUGGCUCCCACCAUGAGCGCCGAGCUCAACGUACCUGUGGACCCCUCCACUCCCGCCUGCUCGGAGCCCGGCCACAAGGGCAUGGAUUACCGGGACUGGGUCCGCCGCAGCUACCUGGAACUGGUCACCUCCAACCACCACUCUGUGCAGGCCCUCUCCUGGAGGAAGCUCUACCUGAGCAGGGCCAAGCUGAAGGCCUCCAGCCGGACGUCCGCCCUCCUCUCGGGCUUUGCCAUGGUGGCCAUGGUGGAGGUGCAGCUGGAGACUCAGUACCAAUACCCGCGGCCGCUGCUCAUCGCCUUCAGCGCGUGCACCACGGUGCUGGUGGCCGUGCACCUGUUCGCGCUGCUCAUCAGCACGUGCAUCCUGCCCAACGUGGAGGCCGUGAGCAACAUCCACAACCUCAACUCCAUCAGCGAGUCUCCGCACGAGCGCAUGCACCCCUACAUCGAGCUGGCCUGGGGCUUCUCCACCGUGCUGGGCAUCCUGCUCUUCCUGGCCGAGGUGGUACUGCUCUGCUGGAUCAAGUUCCUGCCCGUGGACGCGCGCCACCAGCCCGGCCCUCCACCUGGCCCCGGGGGCCACACGGGCUGGCAGGCCGCCCUGGUGUCCACCAUCAUCAUGGUGCCCGUGGGCCUCAUCUUCGUGGUCUUCACCAUCCACUUCUACCGCUCGCUGGUGCGCCACAAAACCGAGCGGCACAAUCGCGAGAUCGAGGAGCUGCACAAGCUCAAAGUGCAGCUGGAUGGGCACGAGCGCAGCCUGCAGGUGGUGUGAGCGUGCGCGCUCCUGGGCGGGGCCGAUGCCGUGUGUCCACGGCCGCAUCCGCGUCAGCUCAGCGUCCACGCCUCGCUGGGAGGGAACAGAACUCGCUUGCGGUAUGGGGAAUUUCAGAAAUGCAAAUUGCCAACGGGGCUGCCGAGACACUGCCAGGUGGUUCAAGACCAAAGUUCUACUCCUGUCUUCAUGCUGUAAGACCUGGAUCGUUUUCCUUCAGAAGAUGGAAAUCUUCAGUUAAACGGGAGACUGAUGCUAAGAGCUCAGGGGAAAGAAAGGACAAGUCCUUGGCCCUGGGUACUUCCUGAGGCUGGAGGCCGGGCUCCGAGUAGCACCGGGUGGUCACGGGUCACCUCGGAGACCUGGAGUGAGCGGCCAGCAGGGGCUGGGAGCCUGGCAGGGACCUGGAGAGUCGGGGUAGCACCAUGGGUUCAGGGAAGGGAUUGCCCCGUGACUCCUGAGCUGGGCUGGUGGCAGCCGGGUGGCACGUCUGAUGGUACCACCCUGCUACAAUUAGAUGGGGCACAGGCUUACAGCUUGGCCUGGUGCUUCCCUCCCUGCCCUGGAGGGAGCUGGGCGGCCUGGCUCGUGGGGCUGGGGAAGGAAGGCAGGAGCCCAGGGCACGUGGCCCAGCAGGCAUCAGACUUGCCAGGCCCUGGGGGAGCCGUCCAAGGGCGGAGGCCAGUCUGUGGGCGCCCACUGGAGGUGGCUGUUAACUGAGGGGUGCUCUGAGGCACACUGGGCUCAGAUUCUUUCUUCCCUGCCAGCUGGAUCCUUGGCCACAUUGACCCAGCGAGGCCCCCAGGCUGGGGAAAGGGCCCAACGUCCAGAGGCUUCCGUCUCUCGGCCACAGACUGUCCCCUGAGCCGCCAGCUGACCCUCCAGGCUGUGGCUGCAGAAGGCAGUGGCACUCUCGCCCAGGCACCCGAGCCCGCCCACCUCCCUGCUGCCUGUGGCCCCCGGCAGCGGGAGGGGGCAGCCAGGGAACUUCCUGUCUAGACAAGGCCGUGACCGGGCCUGGUCUGUGGGUGGUAGCAUCAGCGGCCAGCCCUGGCCAAACGUGGGUCCUGCUUAUAAUGACGGCAGGGAAGGUGAGACCCUGUGGAGAGCUCCCCUCCUGGGCCUCCUGGCCGCAAGCACAGGCCCAGCUCACACUUCUAUGCAGCCAUGCACAGCACAGGUUCUGGUGUUUUUCAGAAGGGCGUCUGGUAGACCUGAGCCCAUGUUCUUGGACCGAACACAUACAUGCUACAGCUCAGCUUACGUGUGAGCCUGCUGCGCCCUGGGCCGCUUUUAAGAAC